AUGUAUCGAGAAUCGGGAAAAAGAAGCGGAGAAAUAACCAAAUCCAUCUUCGAUCCCUACCAAAUGCAUGUAAGAUUUUCUCAUGAGAUCGUCCAACUUGGGGGUGCUUCUCGCGUCUUCCUGAUAUGCUUUGGAGUUCAUUAUUGGUAUCUUGGACACUGUAUAAGUUAUGCGGUUGUAGGGUUUGCCUUACUUGGCGCAGCCGUGACUUGCCACCUAUCAGUUACAAAUCCUUUAGCAGCAAGAAGAGACGCCUUACAAAUCACUGUGAUUCGCCACAGUUCUUCAAGUUCAACAGAAGGUUGUGGUUCAAUUGUGAAACGUAGUAGUAAUGCAGAAACUAGUCAUUUAGGUAACAAUUGGAAUCAUGCAGAAGGAAUCAACAGUAAAAAAAGCUUAAAUAGUGGAAGACCUAGUGUAGUUCUAUAUAGUAGUUAUUUCAGAUCAAUUGUCCAAGAAGCUGAAAGAAACUUUGACCAAAAUAGUGAUGAGUCAACUUCAAAUCAGCAAACACUUGACUUGAACUUAGCUUUGACGUUUCAAGAAAGAUGGGUUCAAGUCUUCAUAUUAGAUGUUCUUUCUAAAUACAAGGCAGCUGAUGCUCGUGAAGUUGAAAAUAUAGUAGAGAGAGUCACUCCAAGACUGCAACAUGCAAAUUGUGUCGUAGUUCUUUCACCUGUUAAGAAGGAGAUCCAAUAUGUUUCACUAAGGAACAUCAACCUUAUUGUACAGAGGCGUCCUACAAUUCUUGCUCAUGAAAUUAAGCCUCCGUUUAUAGGUGGACACAGACAGAAGAUUCAGGAGAAAAUAGUGAAGGACAAGAUAAAGCUUCCGGUAUUCUUGUCAAGUGAAGCACAUUCGCUUUUGAAAGGGGAUCCAUGUGAUCAGAAUUUCCCUGGUGCUCCAACAUUUUUGCCAGUUGUGCAAUUUGCGGGGCAGCAUCCUGGUGGGCUUGGAGUUCCUGCUGUUGGCAUGGCGUUCCCUGGCUAUGUUACUCAACCCAAUGGAAUGGGGAAUUCAGAAAUGACAUGGCUACCUAUUUUGGCUGGUGCUACUGGGGCUUUUGGCUGCUUCACCUUAUAUCACAAUGGAUGGUGCUUAUCAUGCUAUGCCAUCUGGCCAGACCUCUACAUUGCCUCCUACAAGGUAGAUCACACUUGCUUGGCUAAACGUUAUUCUGUAUGCUUUCAAAUUUGUCUUCUUCCUGAAUUCUUUUUCUUUCUAUCAUGGCAACCUUCAAUAAUAGUUUUGGACCGGCACCUUCUUGCAAAAGAUAUCGUGUACGUGUUCUUCUGCUGCUAUUGUGGAUCCGGGAACAUCCUUGCUUACUAG